AUGCAAGAGAAUGAACACGCCACACUGAAAAUUAACAAUACGCCAGUGCGACUAAAGCUCGAUUCUGGCGCGGAAACGAACAUUCUGUCCAUUCUCACUCAUCAUCAUUUUCUGAAGGUUAUACCAAAACGUCAGCGAAAUAACAAACUCAAACCCAGCACUGCAAAAUUGACUGCGUUUGGUGGACAUAACAUUCCUGUGCUAGGAAAAUGUUAUCUUCGCUGUCAAUACAAAAACGUAACACAGAUUCUCGAGUUCCAUGUUGUCGAAAGCGGUAGAUCUCUUUUGGGUUGUACCAAUUGCAAGAGCAUGAAACUUGUAUCAUUCCACAACGUGAAUCAACUCAACAACGAAGCAUCGAGUCCCGGGACGGCAAAAAGCGAACUCACGGGGCUAACAACUGAACAAAUAUUUGAGAAAUAUGCCCCUUGUUUUGAAGGUAUUGGCAGAAUAUCCGAGCCAUAUCACAUCAAGAUUGAUGAUAGCGUCACAUCGGUAGUUCACCCGCCUCGUAAGCUUCCGGCAACAUUACGAGAUCGAGUUCAAGCAGAACUUUUCGAUAUGGAGAGCAAAGGCAUUAUAAAAGCAGUUAAUGAGCCAACCGCGUGGGUAAACUCGAUGGUCGUCAAUGAGAAACGGUCCGGACGACUCCGAAUUUGCAUCGAUCCUCGAGAUCUAAACAAGGCGAUUCGCAGAGAACAUUAUCAAUUACCUACACAGCAGGAAAUCACUAGUCGCUUGACAGGUGCGAAAUUCUUUAGUAAACUCGAUGCAACGUCUGGAUUUUGGCAAAUGCCGCUCGAUGACGAAAGCUCGUAUCUCACGACGUUCAACACACCAUUCGGGCGUUAUCGCUUUACUGUUGUUCCCUUUGGCAUGGUCUUCGCGCAAGAAGUUUUCCACAAAACGGUCCACGAGAAAUUCAACGAUAUUCCUGGCUGUGAAACUGACAUUGACGACAUUCUCAUCUGGGGACGCAUAAUCGACGAACACGACUUACGUCUCGAACAGGUUCUAAAUCGCGUCCAAGAAAUAAACAUGACUUUGAGUCAAGAGAAAUGCCAGUUUCGUCAAACGGAAGUUACCUAUCUCGGCGAGAGACUAACUCAAGAAGGCGUUAAGCCGGAUGGCGCCAAACUUAAAACGAUAAGAGAUUACGUCAAGCCCACCAACAAACAGGAUGUUCAGAGACUUCUGGGCAUGGUUAACUUUAUUGCCAUGUUUGCUCUUAAAGUCUCUGACGUCACCGCCCCCCUACGCGAAUUAAUCAAGAAAAAUGUCGCAUUUCACUGGCUAGACACACAUGACAGGGCGUUCGAAGAACUGAAACGCUAA